UGAUGGUCAUCACAGUCCUUUAUCAAUCUACGACUACUCUCAGUCACGGCCGCUCACUAUCACGAAUGAGCUCCACAAAGUGAGUGAAGAUGGUUCAAACACGCAACGCUGCGAGAGGAGCACGCUUCCGCCUUUCUACACAUUGGGACGAGAGAUAGAGCAUUCACUUGUAGUCUUCGGUCGAGUACGGUCUUCAAUCACCAGUCUCAGACCUGAGAUGAGCUCUGUUCUCUCAUGACCACGUGUUCUGUAGGCAGUGAUAAGGCUGUACUCCAAAACUGGUCUCGAGUUUGGACAGCCAUCCGGCAACAUCUCAUGCCUGCAACGCUCGAGCUAGACUUCACGUGUGACGUUGUUGACGUCGAGACCGGAAAGCUCGCAUUAAGACCUUUUCUGACAGAAGAAUCGCCUUAUAUGGCCAAAUGUAAUAUCAGGCUCGCUCGUAGCAAGAACGAAGCGCUUAGACAGCUAGCUCAAGUAGCAGUACAGCGCAUCGUAUGCCCGAAAAUGCUUCGUAACACUUUCCGACACGGCAGAUCAAAACACGGCGCACCAAACAACAAUUCGAUCACCUUCGUAGAUCUUCCGGCCGAAAUCCGUCUCCUUAUUCUCGGCUAUACGGAUCUCGUAGCGCCUGAGAAUGAAAUAGAGUGGAGCUCGUAUCGGGGCUGGUAUAUUCGACGUGGUAGUGGAGGGAAUAACGAGGCUUUUUGUUGUCUUGUACAUCUCCAUCCAAUCGCCGAGGACAAGAGUGAUACAUCAGACGAUGCUCAUCUACCUGCAUAUAAAAAAGACAACUAUACGCGACAGUAUUGUCGAGAGAAGCUUGGCGGACGAGGCUGUUUCUGUAAGAGCCGGCACACAGUCUAUUCAAGCUACAGCGAGUCUAGUUGCUGGGCGCCACCAACGCCAUUAUUCCUAGUGAACUCGAUUGUACGGAGAGAUGCACUGAAGGUCUUCUUCAGUCGGAAUCGAAUCGUGGUCUGGCCUAGUGAAUCACUGGACCACGCAUGGGAACGGCGUCAUUCUCGAUCACACAUCUCGAGCUUCCUCAGCGAAGUGGUCCCAAAAGACGCACUUCGUCAUUUACGCUAUCUCGAAGUCGUCUUCUCUGAACAUCUGAAAGGCGAUGAACUAGUCGAAUGGAAGCGCACGAUUGAGGGGAUCAAACCACAUCUUGUAUCAUCGAGUCUCGCCCUGAAGAUCUUUUUUGCCGCUGGCCCGCCCGAUCCCUUGCAUAAUUAUUACGAAUUGUCAAGGGAUGAAGAAGAAGAAGAAGGAAAAGAAGAAGGUGAAGAAGAAAAAGAAGAAGAAGGGGGAGCUUCGCAAGAAGAAUUCCUAGAAUCAAGGAGACACUAUGUCAACACAGUCCUUCCUUUACAGCAUUUGCGCAAUCAUUUGAAACACUUGUGGAUUUCUGUCUUCGAACUUCCAGAGGAACGGAGCGAGGAAUCGGUCUGGGCCGAUUGCUCUCGCGAGCUCGAACACACAAUCAUGGGACCUUCAUAUAAACCUCCGACUAGCGAUGACUACAAACUGAAUGGCCUGCCCAAGCCAUUGUUCCUACGGACUGGGCGUUGGUACUCAGACCAUGACUGCACCUGUUUCUAUUGAAGCAGAGGUUGAACAGCCCCGAGUCAUCCAAACUCAGCCAGCAGCGCAUGUGUUUCGACGCAUAAAUUAGUUGUGAGGAUGUUGCCAUUUCAAAAAGCCCGCGCGGCAAACAGGCUUAACAAGCCUCAACGCGGCCUGAUUCCAUAAGGUAAUCUCACGUGUUGUCUUAAAAGACUGUGAAUAGGAUAUUUCAUUCAAGUUUCGUGCGCUGGGAUGCUGCAACUCUCUGUAAGAAAUGCAGAUAGUCCAGGUUUCGACCAUCGCUAGCUCGCUCUCGGACUGGCAAGAACAAGCGACGUUACCAUGAAGUGAAAGCAGAGAUUCUACAUAACAAGACGAGCCUCGAGGUU